AUGCUGCGCACACGACUUUCGUUGGUCCAACUUCAACGACAAGCUUCGGGACAAGGUAAAUUUAUUAAAAUUAUUAGUGGAGAUUUUGUAUUUUACAUUUUUUUGCGAUUUUUAUAUUAUUUUAUGGAAAUUUGGGGUCACUAAAGAUUUGGUUGAAAAGGAAUAAUUUAGGUAACAAAUUGACAUGCUUAAUAUAUCAAAUGGAAGCUUAUGAGCCUCUCUAGGUCAUAGACUAUAUUUUACGGCUAUUUUCCUUCCGGUUUUUCUGAUAUGACCAUUAAUUUCUUAACUUUUUAUAUUAUCCAUGGCUUAUUUUUUAUCCUUCAUUUCUCAAAGACGGAAGUGGCUGGGAGGGAGCUAUUUAUAUCAUUUGUAGCUGGUUGAAUAAGGUAUAAAGUGAGAUAUACACCUUUCUAAUAUCCCUUUUUGUUCAAAAGUUAUAGGAAUAUUAUCCUAGACCUCUCUGGUCAGCUGUCUUUGGCCGAAAAAUGAUUGAAAUUGAACUCAAAAGUCCUCGGAUUUUACAAAAUCAGAUACCAAAUUAUAGCGAAUUUAAUUUUUCAGCAAAUGCCACCAAGAUUCGUCGAGUUCUCAUCGCAAAUCGAGGAGAAAUCGCGUGCCGAGUGAUGAAAACAGCCAAAAAAUUGGGGAUCGAAUCUGUCGCCGUUUAUUCCUCCGCCGAUGUCCAUUCCCAGCACACCAAAAUGGCCGAGAAGGCGUUCCGGAUCGGUGAACCAUCGCCGCUGCAAAGUUAUUUGUGUGGGGAUCGAAUUAUCGACGUGGCUUUGAAGGCCGGAGCUCAAGCAAUCCAUCCCGGGUACGGAUUUCUGAGUGAGAACGCGGAAUUUGCCGAGAAAUGCGCUGAAAAUGGACUGAUUUUCAUGGGACCUCCGCCACAUGCCAUUCGAGACAUGGGAAUGAAGAAUACGGCGAAGAAAAUCAUGAUCGAAGCCAAGGUUCCGGUCAUUGAAGGGUAUAAUGGGGAUGAUCAAAGUCCCGAAUUGUUGCUUGAUGAGGCAAAAAGGAUAGGUAAGAAGGGUGGAGGGGGGAAAAUAGGGCAUGAUCUGUCUGACAAGAUGUUAUUUACUUAUUUUGAACUUGAUUCAGAGGUUUUAUGGCCAUUUUUUAGAAGGUGAAGACUUAGUGUCCAGUAUAAUAUAAUUUCGAUGAAUUUUUGGAAAAAAUUACGCAGUUUUUUUCGUUUAAUGGGUAAAAUACGGGUUUGAUUUUCUCUUUUGUGUAUUUUUUAUAUAUUUCGGUCACAAAUUCCAUGUCUUACUGCCAUUUAUUUGCUAAGGUAUACCUAAUAUAAAUUUUAUUAGUUUUUGCCAGAUUGGGAUUAUUUAGCUAGUAUUAUUGUUUUGAGAAGUGAAAAAGAAGCCUUAUAUUAUAAUUUGAUCCAUUCCCAUUGUGAUUUAGACAUCUCCCAGAUAGUUUUAUCUGAGGUGUCAAGUGUAAUAUAAUUUUUCUCUCUCCUCUCAAACCUUUGCUCUCCAUACCCCUUUACAAGCUUCACCAAGAACUUUACAGGAUUUCCUGUCAUGAUAAAAGCGGUUUGCGGCGGAGGCGGCAAGGGAAUGAGGAUUGCCAGGACUGAAGCCGAUUUCCAUCAAGCCUUGGAGAGCGCGAAAACAGAGUCCGAUAAAGCCUUUGGGAAUUCGGCUAUGAUCAUCGAGAAGUAUGUGGAACGACCGAGACAUGUGGAAAUUCAGGUACGAAGAUUUUGGAGAUGAGAGGGAGAGUUGACUCGGUUGGGUCAAGUGUUCUCUUGGAAGUAAAAUUGGGGUUAUUUUGAAGAAAGGACGUCACUGACUUGAACGAAGAGCUCGGUGACGUUCAUGUGUACGUAUUUUACAAUGAUUGGGAGUUAUUUUGAAAGUUUUUUUUGGGAGUUUUGUCAAGUGUAAUAUCAGGGAUGUUCAAGAUUUAAUUUUUUUUGAUGAUUUUUGGGCUUUGUUCGACUGGAAAUUUUAUUAAAUAGAUGUCUUAUGAACUGUCAGUGUAGAAUGCACAUUUUUUCUCCCAAAAAUUUACAUAUUUCCUUCGAUUUUUAGGUAUUUGGCGACCAACAUCAGAACUAUGUAUACCUCUGGGAAAGAGACUGCAGCAUCCAACGACGUCAUCAAAAAGUCAUCGAAGAAGCCCCGGCCCCCGGAUUGACGUCGGAAGUUCGCAAACGAAUUGGCGAAGCCGGAGCGAACGCCGCCCGCGCCGUAAAUUACACUGGCGCUGGCACAGUGGAAUUCAUCAUGGACCCAUUGACUCAAAAAUUCUAUUUCAUGGAAAUGAACACCCGCCUACAGGUCGAACAUCCAGUGACAGAAGCGAUUACCGGCGUGGAUUUGGUGGAAUGGCAGUUUACUGUGGCUGAAGGAGGAAAAUUACCGCUGAAACAGGAGGAAAUCAAGCUGAAUGGACAUGCUUUGGAGGCUAGAGUGUAUGCGGAAGACAGCAAUGCAGGUUUCAUGCCUACGGCCGGUAAGUUUUGAAGGUUUAAGAUGUCUUUGGGAUGAGGGAAAGACUUGACCCAAAAAGUUGAAGGGAGAGGAAGAGUUGACUCAAAAUGCAAUUAGUGAAAUGUUUGAGGUUCUUGAUUAGUAUGUGACAGUUUUUGAACGUAAAAUACGUGUAACUGUGAUAUUUUGGGUCAAGUGUUUCUCUGGAAUUUCAAUUAGCUAAAAAUUUUGGUAUGAAGAUAUGAAAUUGAAAAGUAUUUUUGUUUAUGGCUGAAAUAAGAUACUAUUUUAUUUUAUGCCUACGGCCGGUGAGUUUUGAGGAUUUUAGGAUUUUUUUGAGGAGGAGGGAAAGACUUGACCCAAAAAGUUGAAGGGAGAGGAAGAGUUGACUCAAAAUGCAAUUGGUGAAGUAUUGGGGAUUUUCGGUUAGUAUGUGACUGUUUUUGAAUGUCAAAUACGUACACAGCGAUAUUUUGGGUCAAGUGUUUCUCUGGAAUUUCAAUUAGCUAAAGAUUUUGAUAUAAGGGUGUGAAAUUGUGAAAAUAUUUUUGUUUAUGACUGAAAUUUGAUGAUAUUUUAUUUUUUUCCAUGAGGGAGACACUUGACCCAUUCUGAAUCAAGUUUUUCCAUCACUGAAAAAUCGGAUUUUUAUGGAUUUUAUGCAAAUUUUUUCGGGUUUCAGGAAAAUUGGAGCACCUCCAGUUCCCAGCAAACGCCCGAAUCGAUUCCGGCGUGGUGGAGGGCGACGAAGUUACGGUGCAUUACGACCCAAUGAUCGCCAAAGUUAUUGUCUGGGGACGGGAUCGGCCCGAAGCGAUCGCCAAUCUGGACGCCGCCCUGAACAACACACACAUUGGAGGCCUCGCGAACAAUGUGGAUUUUGUCCGGAGAUGCUUGAAUCAUCCGAAAUUCGGCACCGCCGAAAUCUACACCGACUUUAUUGCGGACCACGAAAAAGAGCUGCUGGAUACGGAAAAAAUCGAAAUCCCAUCGAAGGAAUCGGUGGUAGAAGGCGUGGCCUCACGUUUAUUGUUGGCAAAUACUUUGGAGAAUGACGUCACAGGACCUUUUACGGCCAAAGAUUGGUUCCGACUGAAUUAUACCCCGGAAAUUGAAGUGAAUUUGAGCGAAAAAACGAAGCAAAAGGCCAAAAUCGAGCGAUCCAAUGGGGAAAUCAGUGAAAUUCAAGUGGAUGGACUGAGUGUAAAGAUCAGUGAAGUGGAAAGAACCAAAACAGAGACGACUGGACUGCCGGUGGUCAAUUUUAGAGUGGAAUUGGACGGAAAAAUGUGGCCCGUCAAAGCGGUUCAGCUAAAAGAAGGUCUUCAGGUAAAAAUUUUUGAGAUUUUUGAUGGUGUGGUGUAAAUUUUUGAGGGAUUUGGGUUUAUUUUGACUUAUAAAUUGAUUUUGAGACCCCACUGAGGUUUUGAGAUUUGUGGGUCAAGUGUUUCUCUUGAAUUUUAAUGAGGGGAAGACUUGACUCAAAUUAGAGAAAAUAUGGGAAUUUACGGCUUUGAGGUGUUUGAUUCGAUUAUUUGAAAACCAUUUACCUUAUUUUAUGCUUUUUUGGGGUUUUUGAGUCAAGUCUUUCUCUAAAUUUCAGAGAGAAAGACAUGGCUCGAAAUUAAUGUAAACUAAAUUUAUAACUGAAAGACGAUUUGAGGGAAAUUUUUUGUGACGAUUGGGUAUUUUAGGGCAUCAUGUGUCAAGUUUUACGCUUAGUUUUUUCAAUUUUGAGUCAAGUCUUUCCCUAUGAGUUGAACCAAAUCAUGAAAAACCAUUUCUUCAGGUAUUUGGCUCAGAACAACGAGAAUGGCCCAUCUCUUCGGAGGCUCCAGAAUUUGAUGAGCAGUCAGCAGCCGGAGGGGAUCUCCAGGCCCGCUCUCCAAUGCCCGGAGUUGUGGAUAAAGUGUUUGUGAAGGCCGGAGAUGUGGUGAAAGCCGGCCAAGCGGUGGUGGUCAUGAUUGCUAUGAAAAUGGAAUACGUUUUGAAGUAAGUCGGAGGUUCUAGGAAGGAAAAAUUGAGGUUUUUUGAGCUGAUAUUGACCUUGCUCUAGUGUAAUAUAAAUUUUUUUGAGUUUUGAUGAAAAAGUUUUUCUAUUGGGAUGAGAAUGUGUUUGAUGUAAUUUUAAAAAAGUUUUCGUUAUAUUUUUGCCACUUUUAGAGCCCCAUUCGACUGCACGGUGGAAACGGUCAACUGUUCCGCUGGAAAAAGUGUCGGGAAAAACGCAGUUUUGGUGAAAUACCAUAAAGAAGAGUAG